AUGGAAAUGCAGCGUGAGCCAAACUGGCCUAAAAUGGAAGGUUGAGUGGCUUUGACUUUGUAGGCCUCCUCUGCUACUAGAUUCCAGCAUUGGAACAACUGCACUGAACUGAAAUGCAAGCACAUGAGUUGUUUAGAUACCUACGAAUGCCAGAACUUGGGGAUGUCCGACAGUAUGUGCGCACCCUUCCGACAAAUACGCUGAUGGGCUUCGGUGCUUUUGCAGCUCUCACAACCUACUGGUAUGCAACAAGACCAAAAGCACUAAAACCACCAUGUGAUUUAGCAAUGCAGUCUGUGGAAGUAGAGGGCGGUGAGCAUGCUCGAAGGUCCUCUCUUCUCAACAGCGACGAACUCUUGUUGUACUACUAUGACGAUGUGAGAACAGUUUAUGAUAUUUUCCAAAGGGGUUUACAAGUAUCAAAUAAUGGUCCAUGUCUAGGUUUUAGAAAACCAAACCAGCCGUAUGAAUGGAUCUCCUAUAAAGAGGUUUCAGACAGAGCUGAGUAUGUGGGGUCUGCAUUGCUCCACCGAGGCUUCAAACCAUCUCAUGUUCAGUACAUAGGAAUCUUUUCACAAAACAGACCUGAGUGGGUCAUCAUUGAACAGGCAUGCUAUGCAUUCUCCAUGGUGGUGGUGCCACUCUAUGAUACACUGGGAGCUGAAGCUAUUACCUACAUUGUGAACAAAGCUGACUUGUCAUUGGUUUUCUGUGACAAACCUGACAAGGCCAAACUUCUGCUAACCAGUGUGGAAAAGGGAGAAACUCCAAUACUCAACACCAUUGUUAUUAUGGAUUCUUUUGGUGUGGAUCUUGUGGAACGUGGCAAAAAGUGUGGUGUGGAAGUCUUCAGCAUGAGAGAAAUAGAGGAACUAGGAAGAGCACACAGGCAAAAACCUAUGCCUCCAAAGCCAGAAGAUCUAGCAGUCAUCUGUUUCACUAGUGGAACAACAGGAAACCCUAAAGGAGCUAUGAUCACUCAUCAAAACAUAGUCAGCAAUGCUUCAGCUUUUGUGAAAACUACAGAGAAAUCAUUCACACCUUCCACUGAUGAUGUUCUGAUAUCAUUCCUGCCCCUGGCUCAUAUGUUUGAGAGAAUUGUUGAGGUAAGCAUCUGUUUGUUGUACUAAGUUAUUGAGAAGCUU